AUGCAGAUUGAAUUCCUCAGCAAUGCUGCUAUGAUGCUCCUUCUUUUGCUCCAGCUUUUCUCCUGUGUGCAGCUCACGAUCAAGACCAGGGCAGCAGCUGCCUCCAAGGUGGCGGCCAAGAAGGCAUCCGCCAAGCCCUCCUCCAAGCCUUCGUCGAGGCCUCGUAGACGGCCGGCGGCUGCUGCUACCUGCUGCUCUUCGGACACUUCUACUUCGGACAAUUCCUCAUCGAGCACCACCAGCACGGGGGCAGCUAGCUGCAGCUCCAACUUGGGGCGUGACAGUGACAGUUUGCAAGCCUUGGCACCUCCCAUUGACUCACCCGACUCAAUGGAGGAGGUGGUUGUCGAGCGGUAUGACUUUGCAGCCGCCUUUGCAGAGGCCUUUGGCAAGGCAGUGGGCAGGCAGGUUCCACCCUCUGUUGUCCACGACGAUGUGGAUAGCGAUGAGAUUGUUGAGCUUCCCCACCUUGAUCCGGCAAAGCCAGUCACCGAGGAUGCUCCGGGUGCUCCGACUGCCUCUACCUCUCAGCCAGCCUGGGAUGCACCAAUUGCCGCGGCACCAGCCACUCGCGCCUGCAAGACCAAGGCCGUGGCAAAAAUGCUGGUGCGAGCACAGCUGCGAUGCCCACAGUGUUAUGGAUAUCUCAGCGGAUGCAAAACAGGUAUCGAGAAGUACGCAUUGGAAGAAUUCUCCAUGUGCAGAUACCCCUUUGUAACGAGCCUCAAGGUCUAUGAAAAACGGGCGGCGAUUUGGAAUGCCCUAGACGCUCUUGUGCAGGCCCUUCCCAGCCGACACUUCAUGUACCUUGCGGGUGAUUUCAACACCGAUUUGCUUCAGGAGCAUCCUUAUGUUGGCGUGACACGCACCCACAAGGGCAAAGAACGUGCGGCUGCCCAAGAUCAGCACAUUUUUCAAAAUCUCCUUCGGACACAUGGCUUGCGAGCACUCAAUUCGUGGGACAAUCAAAGUACUUAUGUCGACCCACAUGGUCCUGCCUCUAGGGUGGACUUUGUCCUUGCGAGAACCAUGCAGGCCACGGGUUGUCCUGUCACCGUUCAGCCACAGAUCCAUUUUGCAUCCUGGCGCUCCGGAGCCAGACAUCUGCCUCUUUUGGGUAUGAUUGACUUGAAGGCCUGGUGUCGCUUCCGGGAUCGUACUCCAGCUAAGCUUGCCAUUGAUCAGGAUGCUUUGUGUCGGGCCUGUCGCCCCGGCCCUGAGCAUGAGCUACUUCGCCAGGCCUUUGCUGCCAAGCAACACCUUUUUACAGCUGAUCUGCUACCCUCCCAAGCGGAGGCCGAGCUUCGCAACAUCUGUGUCAAGGCUUUUCCUUUGCAGCGAAAUAGAACCAUUGCUCUGCAGUGGCAAAACCCGGAGGUUGGUCAGGAUUUGUCUCUCACUUGGCAACUGCGUCGCAGCCUCAAGCAGCAAGCCGCCUUUUGGCGACGCGAACAUUGGCAAGCACAGCUUUUGGAGGCGGAGCAAGCAAGCAAGGCUGGCAACCCGCUGAAAUUCUUUCAAGUUGUGCAGAGGCUGGCACCCAAGCGAGCACAUGCACGAGUUCAGAUCCGUGAUCCCAAAGGUCAGAUCCUCACUCCAGCCUUGGAAGAUAAAGCCCUCGCAGAAUACUGGCAAGGUAUCUACUCCAGCACCAGUCUGCCUUAUCAGGCUGUUUGUCUUCGUGAGCCACUCCUUGUUACCCAGCAGGAGCUCCAUGAUGCUCUCCGAGGCCUCAAACAACGAAAGGCUGUAGCCAAAGAUUUGGCUCCGGCUGCUGUCUGGAAGGCCCUUGCCUCUCCUCUGUCUUGCUAUCUGAAUGCCGUGCUGAGCAAGAUCUGGCAGUCUGGUCCGCUUCACAUUCCAGCUGUUUGGGCAAGGUCGGAUCUACAUUUUCUCUUGAAGCCUCAAAAAGUUACGCGACGGCCGCAGGAUUUGCGCCCAAUUGCCCUCCAAUCGGCGGCGGCUAAGGCAGUCCUGACAGUCUUUAAGCAACGCUUGCAGCACAGCUUCUUGGAGGCUAUGCGCACCCUCCCUCAGUAUGCCUACGUGAUGGGAAGAUCCACUCACGAGGCUAUCUCGCGGGUAGCGGCACAUUGCAAGGAAGUCCGUGACUUGCUCAGGUCCCAAAGCUUGACGGUUUUCGAUCGAUUUGAAGGUGCAUGUUACAACCCGUGUAUUGGUGGGGCCCAACUUGGGCUCGAUCUGUCGAAAGCUUUCGACCUCUUGCCUCGCAGGACCUUGCAGCUCUUGCUGCAAGACACAGACCUUUCUCUUGAAGAACAGCAGGUUCUACUUGAAUGGCAUCAGGCCGGCAAGUAUAGGAUCCGUAGCAAGGGCAACGAGCAUCCGGUCUUUGUUCGGCUUGAAUGUGGGGUUAGGCAGGGAUGCGUGUUGUCUCCUUUCUUGUGGGGGUUGUUCACGAAGCACAUUCAAAAUCGCCUUGAUGAGGCCAACGGCCCAGGAUGGACAGCCCGGCGUGGCACUUUCUUUGCGGAUGAUAUGCAUUUUAAAUGGGUUUUCCGCACAGAGGCUGAAUUGCAUAGCAUCCGUCUUGAGGUUCUCAACAUCUUUCGCAUACUGCGUGAGCUUGGAAUGCAGGCCAACCCCGAUAAAAGUACCUUUAUCAUCGGUGCCAGAGGACAGCAAGCACGUAAGUGGGUGAAACGCUGGGUCCGCAAGGACUCCGAAGGUCGCAAGCAGUUCCAUUUUGGAGGUGCCAAACAAGAUAGAGUCCCCGUGGCCAGUCAACUUACCUAUCUUGGAGUUGUUCUCUCUUAUCGGAAUUUUGAGUUGGCGACUGCUAACCAUAGGAUAGGGGUAGCCGCAGGCCAUCGUGAUCGGCUCCGCCGAAUUUUGCAUGCCAGACGUGUGCUCAGUGUGGGGCAUCGCCUCCGAUUGUGGCGCAUUAUGGUGCAGACGUCGCAGUUAUAUGCUGUUGAAGCUGUUGGCCUGACCACUGAGACGGCCAAACUCCUUCACAUCCAAACUAUGCGGCAUAUGCGAGCGAUCAUUGGCUCUGCCAGGCACGUGGAUGGGGAUUCGGACCAGCUUUUCAUGCUUAAGCAUUGCAUUCCUGAUUGUGUAGAGCUGGUUAAGACAAAGUGCGACGCUUUUUGCCAACGAUUGGCACGAACUGAGCUUGAGAUCCCUUGCUUUGGUGCCGAGGGCAUUUUGCAAUGGGCACAGUUUGUGCGGGACUCCCUGCCGCCACCCUACAUUGCCAAGCCUCGGAUUCGGCACCCGGUGCUCAUCCUAAGCCUGUACCAUUGCCUCCGCUGUCCAGUGAGCGUGCUGCUGCUGGUCUUCACUACCCUGCACGAUCUCAAGACACAUGAGGGCAAGGCUCACAAGAAGGAUCCAGUGCUCCAAGAGAAGCAGCUAUGGGGGCAUCUUCUGCCCUCUCUGGAGGAGGCGGCUCACGAUUGGCAAAUGGGUCACGACGACAGCAAAGGGGACAAGCCAUCGGAGACCAAGUCGAAGGAACUGAACAAGCGCCGUCGCACAAACGACAAUCCAGGCUCCAGUUCGGACAAGCAAGAUCGCAAGGGCAAAGGCAAGGGCAAGGGCAAGGCCAAAUCCUCGAAGGAUGCAAGCAAGAUGGAACUGAAGGAGGCGGUUCAGCUUAUGGCGGCCAUGACAUUGCAGCUAGUGGAUCAGGCGAGCAGGGUUCAGCUGGACACAAGCUUUCUACUUACCAUGAAGAACGAGCCGGGUCCGGAAAACCUGUUACCCAUCAUGUACAAGGUGUGGAAAGCCUGGAAAACCAUGCAAGAACAGGAACCAAGCAAGCUGGACAAACCUCUUCGUUGCAGUAUGAUGAUCUCCAUGCUUCUGGAAAUCAAGGCCAGAGCCAAAAAGCUACUGGACGACUCCGAGCAGCAGGAACGCAUGAAGGCUCUCGAGUGGAUCGACUCCGAGGGUCGAUGGGUCUAUCGCAAAUGGUCUCCCACUCAGGAGGCUCUGUACCUAGAUCAGUCCAGGAAGCCGAUUCCUCAAACAGUAUUUAUCGAGCAGCUGGAUCAAGCCAUGACUUUGCUUGUACGUCCGGAAAACAUGCCGAGAUUUCAGUCGAGGGAAUUGGCUCCGGAGAUGAAGGGCUACGCGGUGACCUUUCAUGUGGACAUUGGGCUCCGCUCGGAAGCGGAGCCUCUGUGGCAGAUCUUCAACACAUGGGUGGACCUCCAGGCCUGGGUGUUGGGGGCGGUGAGAAUUCGGCCCCAUCGGCUGAAGCGACCGCCCGCGGCCGAUCGUCUAUCGGUCUGGCUUGGCAAUCACUGA